AUGUUGUACGCCAUUACAUUCCAUCUUGGAAGGAUCAUUGUGAAGCUAUGGCGUUCUCGAACUGUGAUUGUAGACCGAUCAUCCUCACCCAGAGUCACUCGCAAGCGGACAGGGUUUGAUGUGCUGGAGUGGAGACGGAUUCGGAAAACAGAAAAGAAUCGCCGACCGGCCUGUAGUGGAUUUUUUGACAGAGACGGCUCUGAGGAAAAGGACUACGAUGGACGGGUUGGGGGACGGGUUGGGCGGUCAAUUAAUGAGUUUCAUCGUCUGCUCUCAGCAGUCACGAACCACAGUGAUGGGGUCAGCCGGGAAGAGAGGGUCCAGGAUUGGACGCUGAACGGCGCGCCGAUCAGCUUCAUUUACCAACGCCCAUGUGCUCCUAUGGCAGCCGACCCGACCGCGGCUGCCAUGUUAAGACACAUUCUUGACAUUGACCCCGACUGGGAUCUGGGCUGGGGCGGUGGAGGAACGGGAGACAUGUCGGACUCGACAUGCAGCUGGGAAAGUGCUCGCAGCUGGGAAUCUUCCGGCUGUGAAACCCACAACCAGCAGUGUGGGUAUGCUCACAACGGACGUGAGGCGCGCGACGAAUGUCAGGUCUAUGAUGCUGGGUACGAUGGUGAGCACCGCGAUGAAUACGUCGGUGAGCGCCGCGAUGAAUACGUCGAAGAGUGCCGCGAUGAAUACGUGGGUGAGUGCCGCGAUGAAUACGGUGAUGGUGAGUACCGUGAUGAAUACGUGGAUGAGUGCCGCGAUGAAUACAGCGAUGGACUUCGGCGGCGUUGUGAGUGCGGCGCUGCCUCUUGUGAGUCCGGCUCCGACACCGGUUCCGACUCGGGCUCCGAAAGGACCCCGCGUGUUUGGCGGCCUGCGUUUGUGUUGGACGUGCGCCAGGAGGACACGGGGCGCCUGGUGUUUCGUCCGACGCUGGCGUCUUCUUCUUCGUUUCCGGCGGAGUCAGUGAGCAGGGGUGUGUGUCGUGGACAGCGUGCGUGGCGAGUAGGUCUGUAUGAGAAAUGGGCGGCGAUGGCGGCGGAGGAGUUGCCGGAACUGGAUGGAACGGCGAUGGCUCCGUUGUCGCCAGCGGGCGUGCGAGUGCGGGACGCGUCUCACUGGAACGCGUGGCCGGUGGCGCGCGGUUUGGCAACGGAGAAUGCGCUUGUGAGUGCGUUGGGCGAUCGUAGUGGCGACGUCUUGAGCAUGCUGCCCGGCUACCGUGUCUCCUACGCCGGUCCCCUAAUUGGCGGGGGCUGUGCCCGCUUCGAGUCCACGCCCACCGACAUUGUACUCAAUGCCGUCCUGACUACCGGACACAGAUCUGGCACGCACACGUUCGAACUCUUCAACCAACUCAUUGCAGACCUCUACGCACGACACCUCUCCGCACAGACCGCCCAACUCCUCUACAACCGCGCCGCCGAAGCCUGCACUGCCAUCACUCGACUUGCGCGACACACUGACUCCGCAGACCUCGCCCUACGCACCUAUGGCAAGCAAAUCCGGAGCACUCUCCAGUUCCGCGAACUCCAACGCUCAUCGACCCAACAGGGACGCGACCGGGACCGGGACCGCCGCCUCGCACAGCUAAACCAAGUCCUAUGCUCCCCCCUCAGUUUCGCCACGCCCUAUGGAAACCCCUACUUCGCAGUAGAUCCACCACCCAGGGAGCCCGGUGCAACAAACUUGAACGAAGAGCACCUUCACGGAGUGUACCCCAGUGGACCGUACCCCUAUGCACCGUAUCCUUACGGACCGUACCCCUAUACACCGUACCCCUAUGGACCGUACCCCGAUGCACCGUAUCCUUACGAAGCCCGCGUAUUCCCAAGCGGCCACCCUCCCAGCGGAGCGUACCCCUACGGACCUGAGGGCGAGGCGGAGGGAUGUGAGCGGUUGUACUACGCGAUCCCGGUUCGCCGGUGGCGGCCGAGUGACGUGUUUCGGAUGCUGGAGUGUUUUGAAAAUCCGCGGCGCAUCUUCCUUCCGCCGGUGGCGAAGGACCUGAAGGGCGAGCGGGCGCUGUACCUGCGGCGACCGGGUCAACCACGGAACCGCAAUAUGGAGUUGGGCAUGCCUCAGAUCCCCUAUUGCCCGCACGUCGUGGUUCCACCGGAGACGGGCGAGGUCUUUUUGCCCGCGGUCGAGUGUUGGAAUGACUGGCUCGAGUCAGUAGACUACGCCCAACGUCUCGUCGACCUCGCGCUCGAGGACGACCGCUGCCGCCCAACCUGCGGCUGCGGCCGUCUCUGUCAGGCCUUCACACCCGAGGCGCGCUGCUACCAACUCUGCAAACGUCUCUACAAAACACUCGAACUCACCUAUCUCCAGUUCCUCGGCAACCUCGUCCGCAUUGCACAUUGGAGUCUGCACUUGAAACAAUUCGCCGAGUCCAGAUCCACAGAUCGCCCGGCCGUUUCCGCCAAAACUCGUUCCGCCGGUGCCCCUUCCGCCGAAACUUCCACCUCCGGGACUCGAUCCGGCGACUGGCCGCUCUCGGCCGCGCUCUCCCACGAGCGGCGUUGCGGGUUGGUGUGGCACACUUGUCUCUACAGCUUUGAGUGCAGCAAAGCACAGUUCGAGCGGCUCGCACUCGAAACGGUGCCGGCGCUGUUGCCGCACGAACUUGUUCGGCAUCACAAAAACGCGGCCGCGGCACUGGAAGAGCUACGGCCGGGCGCGCUCCCGCGGUGCAGCCAACGUCUCGCCGCCUUCGGCCUCAGCGCCGACGACCCGGCCACCUGCCGCCAGGAACUCGAACAUCUCGCCCACGAAUUCGCCGUCCGCACGCUCCGCCGCGCCGAUGUCUACGGCUCCGCCUUCCUCACGCUCCCAAGCUCGCGUCGCCAAAAACCCGAGGCCGGCGGACACGUUUUCGUCCCCAGUUCCCUCGCCGUCGAAGAGGCUUCCCGAGUCGGUGUCGCACUCGCCUUCAAAGAAACCCACCUCCGCGAACGCGCUCGCCGAGGCCCCAACCCCCCG